AUGAUUGAAUUCACCAUAAAAACAUUAGACGGCAAUAAUCACGAUUUCUCCCUUGAUGACGAGACCACCAUUGGGCAGUUGAAGGCGCAGGUCCAAGAGAGAUUGGGUAUUGAGCCAAGAUCACAACGCCUGAUCUUCUGCGGACGCGUUCUUCACAAUGGCAAAAGACUGUCUGAUAUAAAGGUGGACGGGAAGGUAAUGCACCUGGUGCAGCGGCCGCCGCCUGGUCUCGAGUGGCGUGAAAUGGCAGCGUCUCCUCCGUGCGACGAAGACUCUACGAGCGGCGAGGGCACCAGCGGGGCGGGCACGAGCGGCGCGGGCGGCAGCGGGGCAGGGGGCCGUAACGGGGGAGGGGGCGAGGGCAGCGGAAGCAGCAGCAGCUCCUCCGCAACUCCCAUCGACCGCAACCCAGCGGGCACCCAGCAGCAGAUCCGGCGACUAAUGGCAAUCACCUCCUCUGGUGUACGGAACGACGAGCAGCAGUCGAUGAACAUAUCGCCGACCUCAAGGCGCUUGGAGUUCAUCCGGCGCAUCAUCAUCGAAAUAAAGAUAUCGCUGGCACUCCUCCGCAGCCAUAUCGAGCAAAGGGCGAACGCUGGAUCGACACGUAGUGGUGAAGCCCGCGUUGAACAGAUGGACAGUGAGCCCAGCAACAGUGCCGCACCGGAGGCGGACGCUGGAACGGCGCCCAAUAGCGAAGAACACGUUGAACAGAUGGACAGUGAGCCCAGCAACGCCCCGCCGGCGGAGGAUGAGCUGCCGACUCUAGACGAGUUCGGCGACGACGUCAGCGAUGCGGAUGCGAUGGUUGCCAACGUGCGGCGCAGGGCUCUGAGGGCCAUCCGCGCGCGCCGCUCCACGCCCCGUGACCUUGGAAACCUCAUCGAGGAGUUGGAGGUGCUGCACAGCCGCUUCGCCCCGCACCGGGUGUCGUACAUCGACAUGCUGCGCACAGAGUACCGCACCAACCCGCCGAGGUUGACGGAGGGCGAGAGGGUCGCCACCCAGCGCACGGUCGACCUGGUCGGCGACAUAAUGCACAGCUUUGCCCACGCGUACCACGCCGUCAGCGACAUAACGUUCCACGUGUCGCAACGGGUGCCCAGGCUGUCGUCUGAGAUAACACUGAUGCGGCCGAUACCGGUGCAGGCGCACAUCAACGUGAUGCAUACCACCCGUCGCCUGGCACAACAGCAAAGCGAGGGGCGGGACAACAACGCCGCAACAGCCGACAACGGUGCACCGACUGGGCCAUCCGCUGGGCAACCCGCUGCACCGCCCGCUGGGCAGUCCGAUGCGCCAUCCGAUGCGCCAUCCGACGCGCCAUCCGACGCGCCAUCAGAUGCGCCAUCAGAUGCGCCAUCCGACGCGCCAACCGAAGGGCCAUUCGAUGCGUCCUUCGCUGCGCCGUCUGGUCCGUCAUCCAUAUCACCGCCCGCCUCGCCUAUUGGCAACGGCUCUGCAUUGGCGUCGGCGAGCGCCUCCGCGACCGCAUCUGCCACCGCCUCCACCGCGGCCUCGACCGCCCCGUCGACUAGCGCCUCCGCUACCGCCUCCGCUACAGCCUCCGCCACCGCUUCGGCCGGCAACUCGGACAGCAGCGGCGCGGACACGCCACCGCCGGAGCACGGCCACUCUCAGGCGACAUCCGCCAGGAACAUUACCACCCGGCCGACGGUGAACAUCAGCGUGCAGCCAAGCGCGAGCGCCUACCAAUUGGAGAUAGAGACGAGGGUGCCGAUGCCGUACGCUAUCGAGGCGGCCCUCCUGAACAACCUGAGCGUGCUGCAGCAAGCCCAGAACGUCCAACAGCAAGCGCAGCAGGGCGAACAGGAUCAUGGGGGGCAGGACGCUCAGGGGCAGCGGGCCCAACAAGGACAGGAACGUCAAGGCCAGCAGGGCUCGGACGAACCUAACCAGGCCAAUCGACGCCAGGUUCUAGUAGACCUGGAAAAUCUGGUCCGCAAUGGGGGCCAGCCCGGCGGCGUGGAGGUCGUUCUGAGUAUGGAACAGCUGUCCCAAGCGGGGCUGCUCAACAACAUCGCCAACCUCGCGAACAACGCAGCCCUUAACAACCAAGGCAACCAGGGCAACCGAGGCAACCAAGGCGACGGCAAUGGCCAGCCCCUACUAGGAGCAGAGAUAUUCCUCGCCCAAGUGCCAUGGGCAGCCGGACCGCCGACCGCCGAGCUGCUUCAGAACAUCGUCUCCACGGUGCUGCGGCAGAGCGUGGGUGGCACGCCGCACAACCUACCUCCGAUGCCCGGCUUGGCUCUGUCCGGCAUCUCAGUACCGGGCGUCAGCGGCGCCAACAGGCCGAGGGCGAACAACCCCUCUGUCCAACCGGCCAAUUUGCACCUGCGUCGUAUCACGACCUCGACACGGCCACCGAACACCGGCGCUGUCUACGACCGUUUCCUGCCGUGUGACAACCUGCACGCGCGCUCUUGGGUCCAGCGUCGCAGGAAUGACCAUCAGCAGGAAGCUGCCUCAAUGGCCAGAUUUCGUGCCGAUAGAAAUGCAUCUCGGAACAUCACCUAUAUCAGGCAACGAGGAUGUCAAUUGUUAGAGGAGGAUAUGGGUGUUAUGGAACGUCUCCUGCAGGCCAGACCAUCAACUCCUGCUUUCUUGAAUGCAUUCCUCGUCACAGUCGCGCGACACAUCUACACGUCGGACUUGCUGCAGCCCAUAGCCAGCGAGCUCCCACUGGUGCCCAACGAGUACCAGUCGGUGCGCUCCCUUCUGCGCUCGUACGUGCAGCAGCUGUUGGUGUUGUCUGGCGCGGAGAAUCCCGAGACCGCUGCCGAGAAUGCUUUCGAGAACGUCAGCAAUUACCUGGUGGCGUCCAACACAGACUUCAUAGCCAGGAUACCGAACAUGGCCGAGAUACGCGUGGAGAUGAACGUGCUGAUGUCCAUAAGGUCCCUGCUGAGGAACCGCAUGCCGGCCGUCAUAGCUACCGUGAUGUCGGACAACAGCGGGCCGUUCUUCCCGCCGCGCUUCUACGCGCUCUUCGCGCGGCUGUUCGUCGACCUAUUGACGCUGGUCAUGCGCUUCUGCGUCUAUCCCGAAGACGGCGUAUGGAUGAUUUUCCGCAACUACACGGAGGAAAUCACAGAGUCAGAGGACGAGGUCGUAACUGGCUUCUUGAGGCGGUUCUUCAUCGACCUGUUCAAUAGCACUUUCCGCUCCCUGGACGACAACAUGGACAACAUAAGGCCGUAUAUUGUGCAACACUCGGAAGCUGUGGUUAGGCGUCGCCGGGCGCUGAUAGCGCAAAGGUCGCAGGCGCCCGAGCCGAUGAGCAUCACGCCGCCGUCGACGCCGAUGCCGGUGCCGCCGCUCGCGAGGCCAGUGGCGCGCAUGCCGAAUGCCAUCAACGCGGAAACUAUGACGGAGCCCAUCGUCAUUUGCACGGUACCCCUGCCGGGCGCGUCGCACCAGGCGACCGGCAGAGUGUACAGGGUGGGCGGGGUGCACGGCGUGCGCGGCGUGCCCCUCCUGCAGGACGGCCCCAGCGCCCAGGGGGGCGACAGUGCCCAGGGAGGCCACGGCGCUCAGAGGGGCCCGACCGUGUAUGGAGGCCACGGCGCUCAGAGAGGACACGGCGCCUUCGGGGGCCACGGCGCUCAGGGCGGUCACAGCGUUUACGGAGGCCGCAGCGCUCAGGGCGGCAACAGCUCGCAGGGUGGCACCAGCCCUCAGGGUGGCUACAGCAUUCAAUUAGCCCAAUCGGCCCACGGCGUCCAGGGAGGGCAGGGCGCCCAGAGAUUCUCCGGCCCCCAAGGAGCGUACGGCAGCCAAGUGACAAACGGUGGCCACGGGAUCCGUGUCAACCAAGUGUACGUCCCAUCUGGCGUCCAAGUCCUGCAAGGCGGCCAAGGCAUGCACGGCACGUCGGGCGCUCACAACGUGCAAAUAUUCGGCGUGUCCGGCGUUCCAGGCGUUCACGUCCUGCAAGGGCACGGCGUGCAGGGGGGCCACGGGCCGCAGGGGAUCCAUAUCAUUCAAGGAUUGCACGGCCCGAGCAUCGUCCAGGGCAUCGACGGCGGGGUCUCGCAGCGCGCGCAGUUCCAAGGGCAGCAGCAACAGCAGCAGGCGGACCAAGGCUUCGGCCAGGGCCAGGGCCAGGGCCAGGGCUACGGUCAAAACCCGGCCCAGGGCCAGGGGCAGGGGCAGGGUUUUAGUCAGGCCCUAGGUCAAGGCCUUGGCCAGAGCUUCGCCCAUGGCCACAAUCAAGGCCAGGGCCAGGGACAGGGGCAAGGACAGGGACAGGGCCAGGGACAGGGACAGGCGCGACCGCAGGGCGCGAGCAGGGGCUCGUCGAGGACUGCAAGACCGACAAAAACGGAAUCUCCGUCACGUAGUACUCCCGAAACAACAACAAAUAUUCGACUGCAGGUGCCCCCAAUGCUGAUUGUUCAGCACUGGGGCGACGAGUGGGUCCCAGUGUUCUCAAGCGAUCAGGGGGCGCAGCGAGCCGACGACCAGCCCCCAUAUAGUGACGCGUACCUUUCGGGUAUGCCCUCACGGAAACGUCGCUGCAUUAGACAGGCGAGGCCGCCAACAGAUCUCUCUGGAUUCAUUAAUGAGAGCUUUGGCGAGGCGGCGGAUCUUGGCGGCGGCGUUGAGGAGGCCGCCGUUCGCGUCGCCUUCAGGGAGCACGUUCGAGCGCUCGCCCGAGGCCGUGCAGCCGCCUCAGAGGACUUCGAGCCAGAACGCUACACGGCAACAGCGCAGUUUCUCGAACCGUGCGACGCAGACUUCGCCCACGACGGUGCAAGCGAAUGC